UUUCAAACUGUUCAUGGGCUUCACGUCCUCAUCUUCGUCCAUUUGUUCUAAAUUUAUUGUUUUUACAUUUUGAAAUAAGUUCAUGAGAUAGCCAUGUUCUUCACUAAUGGCAACCCCCCACCACCACCACUACCACCGCCAUUUACAGCUAAAGAUUCUUUCCACCGCACAUUGUUAGUCUCCUUUUUGUCCACUCCAUUAUUUCCACGCCCUCAGUUUUUUCAGCUCUUCUUUUUCUCUUCUAACUAAACCCUUAAUGGUACCCACGAUCCAAGUGAACCCUCCCUCUCUGUUUUAUUAAGGGUCUCUGACUUGCCAGCACCUAAAAUGUUGCGCUGAGAUUGCCAAGUUUGAUUCUUUUCCCUUCUCUUCCCCAAUAAUGAAAUUUGAAGACUACCUGAUGCAACAAAAAGAUGAUAAGCAGAAAAGGCUUGAUCUAGAGAAGGAGUUGUAUACCUGGUGCAGGUUGAAAAUUUAAGAUUAGAAUUUGAAGAGGAACAGAUGAUAAACAAGGUCUUAUACUGUGCACUCCAUGGUCCUGUCUCAUCACAGCCAUGUCUUGCCUCUUUGCUUCCACCUCAGGUUCAGGGGCUUCUUGCAGAACUAGCAAUGGUAGAGGAGGAGAUCAUAUGGCUAGAGAGAAAAGUUGAUGAGCUGAAACUGAACUUGUACCAAGAGAGGAACCAAACUCAGAAAUGGAAACUACAAAGGAAGCAGCAGAGGAAACUGAGGCACCAGAAUCAUUUACCACCAUGCAGACCGGGAAAUUCAUCGGUGCUUGAUGAUGAUUCCGGUCACCUAUCUAGAUCAAAGCAUUAUAAAGAGUUCAGGAAAGAGAACAUGAAAUUCAGGAGAGCUUCAUUGGGUUCUGCAGAGGAAAUGUCAUAUGUGCUUUCCACAGGUUCCACUAGUGAUGAAAAAUCAAGAAGAGGUAGAAUGCAGAAGGAACACCAUAUGUAUAAAGAGAUUUGUGAUGAGAAACCAAAUGAACUCUCAGAAGAACUAAUCAAAUGCCUAAUAGGCAUAUUUCUUGCUCUAAAGCAGGCACCAAAGGAUAGAGAAGAAUCAGCCAUUAUCCCAAAGCUUGGCCUCUCAUGUAUGAGUUCAAAAAGCUCAAAGACCUCUUUCAACUGUAAAGCAUGCAUGUUUCCUUUCAACCACAAUAUAUCAAAUCUUGAUCCCUAUUGCAUUAUGCCAGAUUUAGACAGCACUAUCAGGGACAUUGGACCUUACAAGAACUUCAUCCACAUUGCUAGAAACUCGUUAGAUAUCGGUCAUUUUGCAGAAUGCUUGCCACAAACUGGAAAAUUGAGGGUUUUAAUUCAUAAAUUAGGUAAUGUUGAAUUGACAUUCUUGACCUACAAGCAGAAGCUAGCAUUUUGGAUCAAUAUCUACAACGCCAGCAUAAUGCAUGCAUUUCUAGAGCAUGGACUGCCUUCCUCACAGGAGAAACUGUUGGCAAUCAUGAACAAGGCUGCAUUGAAUGUGGGCGGGAUAGUGCUGAAUGCCUUGGCCAUCGAGCAUUUUAUUCUCCGGCAUCCAUGUGAAUCAAAACAUGGCCCUUCAGAUGAGAAGGAAAUGCUACUACGACAUGCUUAUGGUCUUGGGUAUCCAGAAUCCAACGUGACAUUUGCUCUUUGCAGGGGCACUUGGUCCUCCCCAGCACUAAGGGUUUAUACACCUGAAGAAGUGACGAAUGAAUUGGAGAAAGCGAAAGUCGAGUAUCUGGAAGCUUCAGUUGGGGUUACAAGCAAGAGAAAAAUAGUGAUUCCCAAGCUUCUGCAGUGGCACAUGCAAGAUUUUGCAGACAGCAUGGAAUCACUACUGGAAUGGAUUUAUAGCCAAUUGCCGCGCUCUGGGUCACUCAAAAGAUUGAUGUUGGAGUGCAUAAAUGGAGAAACGAAAUAUCCUUCAACAAAAAUGGCGGAAAUUCAGCCUUAUGAAUCAGAGUUCCGAUAUCUAUUGCCAUUGUGAAAGGGGAAAAAAAUGUAACAGGAAAAAUAGAACUUCUGCCACAACUGGUUAUGCUUGCGCAUGCAAUAAAAUUAUAGAAGCACAAAAA